CGGAGAAGCGACCAUGCUGUGGAAACUAGUUGAGAAUGUCAAGUAUGAAGAUAUUUAUGAGGACCGGCAUGACGGUGUCUCGAGCCACAGCUCGCGCCUGUCCCAGCUGGGCUCGGUAUCGCACGCGGGACCCUACUCCAGUGCGCCGCCGCUGUCUCACGCGCCAUCGUCUGACUUCCAGCCACCGUACUUUCCGCCGCCGUACCAGCCACUCGCUCACUACCAGAGCCAGGACCCAUACUCCCACGUCAGCGACCCGUACUCCCUGAACUCCCUGCACCAGAGCCAGCAGAGCGCAUGGGGCGCGCGGCAGCGGCAGGACGCCACCGGGGAGCGGAUGGAUAGUUCGGCUCUGUUGGCGCAACCUCGGGCCUCGCUGCCUCAGCUGCCCGGGCUGGACCCGCGGAGGGACUACGGUGUGCGGCGGCCGGAUGUGCUGCUGCACUCCGCGCACCCGGGACUGGAGCCCGGUAUGGGGGACGGACUGCUGCACGGGCUGCACGGUAUGGAGGAUGUUCAG